AUGGCAAACUCAAUCCCCUGGACCCAAAUCAAAGCCCUCUCCUUCGACAUCUACGGCACAUUCACGGAUUGGGAAAACGGCAUCGCCAAAGCCGCCCGCGCCACAGCACUAGGCCCUUACCUCCCCAAAGACCACCGCGAACUGAUGCUCUCCAUCGAACGCCACGACACGACAGUGCAGAGAGAAUACCCCACCUGGAAGCAGCGAGACAUCAUCGCAGAGGGCCUCCGUCGCUACGCCAAGGAGCUCAAAGUCGUCGAGAACGGCCACCUCACCCAGGACCAAAUCGAAGACGCCGUGAAGUCGUACGGCGGCAAGAUUGGAACGUAUCCCGCGUUCGAGGAUACUGUCGCCGGGGUCCAGAAAUUGGGGAAGCGUUACAAACUCAUUCCGCUUUCGAAUGUUGAUAAGCAGUCUUUCCAGGUCACGCUUGAUGGGCCGUUGAAGGGGAUCGACUUUGAUGCGAUUUAUACGGCCGAGGAUAUUGGCUCGUAUAAGCCUGACCUCAAGAAUUUCCACUACCUGUUAGAGCAUGUCAAGUCGGACUUUGGGGUGGAGAAGGAUCAGCUGGUCCAUGUGGCGCAGAGCUUGUUCCACGACCAUGGCCCCGCGAAGCAACUUGGGUUGCAGUCAGUGUGGGUGGAUCGAAAGGGCAUCAUGGGCAAUCCUGAUGCGGUGGAGAAUCCUCAGGAGAGGUUUGGGUAUAAGUUGAAGGUGGACACUUUGGGCGAGUUGGCUGAAAUUGUGGAGGAGGCUUUCAGUAAGGCUUAG